ACUUUACACUAGGAUGGUUCACAAUUAAUGUGCUAAUAACUGGUGUACUUUCGUUUGAAUAGAACAAAAGUAAAUAGGGACAAAAUGAAAAUAGGAAAUACAUCGGUAUUAUUAGAGCUUUGAUAAUUUUUAAAUUUAUGUUAUGAAUUGAAUCAUGUAGUUGUAGGCCUACAUCUACGAAGACUAAAUAAUACAUCUGUCUAUUCACUAUUUGUGACAAAAGGGAUUCAAUGGGAUAUGUGGAUGACAAAAUGGGAAUGUGUGGAGUUCUACUGCUCUUGUUUACACUUCUGAAUCUUUUUACCAUUAACGAUACCUGUCUUUACAACUGCUGUAAUUGUGGAGAAGUUUCCCCUGUGAAUGUGUACACCACUAUGGGGUCCACUUUAGAACUGACCUGUAGGAUCCAGGAAGACAACAGCUCUUACCACCUCAUGUUUGUAUUUGACAAUAACGAACAUAAUGAAGUGGACCAAUCGAAUUUCAUUAUACGAGACAAAUACGAACACGAUCCAGUGGACCAAUCACAUUUUUCUACACGACGCAAAAAUCCCAUUAUAUUGAACAAAACCAUUAAGAGUUUUGAUGAUGAGGGCAAUUAUAUUUGUUACAAAGAUGACAAAAAAGUGGGGUCAGCCUUCGUAGAAAUUGAGUAUCCCAUUCAGGCUGUAAAUGACAGCGACUUCCUGUGUGAGCUGUAUGACUGGGACCAGUCUCUGUCCUGUUCCUGGAAGAUUGGCACCUACAGGAAGGAGUCCAACAUUGAGGUCAAGGUCAUCGCGGGUACAAUGAAUCAUCCAAAAUUAAUCCCCUGGAGAUCAAACAUAACUUUCUGUGAAUGGAAUGGGUCGUUUGGAGAACCAUAUCAGUUUUCGUUUCAUUUGACUGUGAAUAACACCAAAAUAAAUCGAGCUGUGGAGUUCAGCUUUAUAAGGGAUUCGAAAAGUAUAGUGAAACCAGCCCCAAUAUCACAGUUUUAUGGUGAUGACAUCACAAACACUUGUUUGACUGUCAAAUGGAAUAACUCUGAGGCUGGUAAAUACCAGAUAUUUAAAAUCACAAUGACCAACGAGUGGAACAGGGACAAAGUCGUUAAAGAGGUCAGGCAAACUGGCAGACCACGACAGCAGGACUUUGAGUUUUGUAUGCUAAUUCCGUACACGGAUUACACAUUCACCAUUGUUCGGAAGGCUCUACGUUUGACGAUGACAGGCGAAAAAUCUCUCGGCUACGUGGAGGCCGGCUACUGGAGUGAUCCGGUGUCCGUCAUCGUUAAAACAUUGUCAGACGUGCCAGGAUCUCCUCCAAACAUCACGCAGGGAAGCUUUGACCGUUCAUACAAAAACAAGACCAUCUUAUAUUGGAAGCCAAUAAAGCACAUGGACAGACAUGGAAUAAUUGAAAACUACCGCAUCAGCUUUGCUUCUCAAGAUGGUAGCAGCAAGGGUGAGCUGUUCAGCCAGUAUGAAAAUGUUACGCUCCAUCUGCAUGAGGAUAUGUGGUACAAUGUUUCUUUAGCUGCUGUGACCAGUGAGGGACUUUGGAGCCCAAGUAUAUCUGUAUUGAUUCCACCUAAAACUGAUGUGAUGAUUCCAUUCAAUGUUGUGAUGGAGCUAAGUGAGAACAGAUCUACUGCCAAUGUCAAAUGGAAAGGGAGGGAAGCCUGUCAACACUAUGUGGUCUUCUGGCUGGCUGACAAUACCUUAACCUGGCAUGUUAGCUUAAAAAAUACAACAGUGCUUGAUCUACUGAUACCCAACAUUGAAAAAGUGGGCGUGUCUUGUUCUGCUGAGUUAUCGCUCAGUGCGUCAGAAAACCCAGUCCGUGUAGGUGGAGGGUUUUUCUGGAUCAAUUGUAAAUACUUCGCUGAAAAAGCUCCCGCCUUGCCAGAUGUGACUGUAACCCCGCACGGUGAGGCUCUAAACCUGGCCUGGACCGUAGACUGUGAUGAAGAUUCCUCUUAUCCACAGUGGUUCAAUGUCACCUGGUGUGAAUUAGACCAUCAACAUAAAGUUUGCCGAGAUUCGUUUUAUGAAUUAUUGGAGCCAGGUGAGAGAAAGUACAGAAUUGAGGAAUUAAAUUCCAAUCUAAAGUAUCGGGUGAGGAUAAAUUCUGUGUCCAGAGAUGGCGAGGUCAGAAUCAACCCUGAUUUUAAAGAUGAGAGUCUUGUCCGUAGCAAUUAUGAUAAUGGAACAAAUAGAUAUGCUGAAGUUAUAUGGCCUCUAGCCGCUUUGACCAUCAUUGGUUUGGUGAUAUUUAUGGUAGUAAAAUUUGUAUGGAAAUUGAGGUCCAUUGAUCCAGAAGUUGAGCUUCCUGAUGUUCACAGCAAAAGGAUUCUUAAAGAUCGUGGUUACACCGAUGACAGCCAAAACUACUCAGAAAUGACAGAAAGCAAAGAUCACAAGGUACUACAUGUAAGUGAUGCAUGCUAUGAACAUGUAAAACAUGUGCAACACAACAUUUGCAAUGGUGAAGUUCAGACUGGAGACAAUUCUAAUUUCUCGGAGGUCCCAAACAUUUUGGAGGAUAUAAAAAAGUUGGAACUUGGGAAGAAAUUAAAGGCCACCUCUCAAUCAUCUGAUUAUUCCAAAUUAAUAAAUGCUUCAGGUCAAACAAAUAACAGUGAAGUAUUCAACCAAUUGGUAUCUCAGUCAGAGAGUCACUUCAACCAAUCAAAAUCCCCGUCUGAAUUUACAAGCAGUGAUAUCAACCAAUCGAAACCGGCAUCUGUGUUGUCAAGCAGUGAUAUCAAUCAAUCCAGACCGCAGACUGAAUUAUCAGACAAUAGUAGAUCAACAGAUCACAAUAAUUUGAAAUGGCAUUCAAGUGAACAGGAUGAAAGUUCAUCUUCCUCCCAUGUUGAGGAUGAAUAUCAUGACAUAAAGCACGACACGGACUCCUCUGCUGACACAUCUGCAUAUCUUCAUUCCUCCUGUCUCAGUCAAAAUGCAGACUCCUACAGCAAAAUGAUAAAUGAUGACAGUAGUGCAGAGACAGAAGAUGAAUUUCUCGUGACCUCUCAAAACGCUGAACAAAAUAAUGGCUGCUCCCAAUCAAGUGAAUGUUGCAAUUCCCCAACUGUUCAAACUUCUAUUGAAUCCCUUCCUCCCGAGACUGAGCAGGCACCCAUUGAUGAUGGUGUUCUGUCGCCUCCUGAUGUAUGUAAUCCACACGACAUUAUUCCUCAAGGGAGCGGGACAGAUCUGAACAAUCAGCAGGGAGAAGUAAUGGAGAACCUGCAGUGCUCCAAUUCGAGUGCUUGCAUGACAAGUUCUGCCUCCGAUAUUGAUGAGGGUGGUUAUAAGAGCGUUGAUUUGAAUAGUGGAUGCACAUCUUCUAUCCAGUCCUCAGUCUACUCCCAGAUUUAGUGCAAUUAGUGUAUGGUCAUCCAUGUUAUUGUUCCUAAUUAGUGAUACUAUCAAUCUGCAGUGUUUGUGUAGUUUUUUAUGGUCAUCAGAGGAUACUUAGGUGGCCUAAUGAGAUCUAUUUUUGUCUGCCUCAGUGCUUUGUGUGAAAUAGGGUUAACAUUUUAAUAUGUUCUAUUUUUUCUCAAAAGCUACCUGGGCAAUACUCUCAAAUUCAGGCAUUAAAAAUUCCUACUUUACCAAAUUAUUCAUUUUGAUCAAAAGUCUUUUGUUACCCAAACCAAGGUGAUUUGACCAAGGGCAAGGUUGAAAAUAAAGUGAAAAGCAACUCUUUGAGUCAUAAAUUUUAAAGUAAUUUCAUACAGGGUACAGAUGUGAGAUGAACUCAUUUUACCAACAACUUCCGGCUCUUAAUUUUUGUAUGAUACUCAGGUGACUAUUAAGGCCCGUAGGCCUCUUGUUGGUCAGGUGACCAUUAAGGCCUGUAGGCCUCUUGUUGGUCUGGCAAUGAUUUAUUUUUGUGUUAUGUUUUCUUUCCUGGAGGAUAUGAAUAUUUUCUCAGAAUUCUUUUUUUAUGAAAAGUAAUUUUGUAAACUCGGUGAUAAGCAAAAUAGUUGGAAAUUUUUUUUCCACAGCAGAUAAGAUUCAUGCCAAUAAUAAUGUAAUACACAAUAUUUGUUUACGCUCAUUUUUAGGCUGCAUUUUAAAAAAUGGUGCUAUGAUCCCAUAUCUUGAAUUUCCUCACUUGAUUUUGGCUAUGUUUUGAAAACCAUGUGACUUUUAUUUUUAUAGAAGAACAAACCACAGUGCAUUGUACAAUGUAUGUACUAGGGAUGUCAAAAAGUACUCGAUUAGUUGACUGCAACAUUUCUUGUCCCAAUGAUCAUUGACUUAAAAUGUAGGACUAGAUAAGGAAGUGAAAAGGACGAAAUAAAUUCACGUCAGCUAGUACCUGCCUGACUUUACUUUGGCAUGUCCUAAUCUUUGUCUUUUUUUCGUUAUUGUAACAAAAGUAAUCUGACCAGCAUUCUCACAAACUCGUGACCUAUGGAUACCCCCAACCCAAGAUAAUCAGACUGGGAUUUUGGUUUGCAAGAAAUAUCUCAACCACAUUAGAGGAAAUUGAAAUAUUGAUGGCCGCAUCAUGUUUUUUUGUAAAAUUUAACUUCAAAGUCUUAAGGUAAUUUGUACAGAAUUUGUUUUUUUUAUUAUAAUUAUAAACUGUCAUUGUUAUGCUAAUUCAUAAAAUUUAUAGUUUAUAUUUUCAGUAAACUUGUUGUUCAUAAAUAAUUUCAUUGUAAGAUGAAUUAAUAAUCUGUAUCUUGCAUGUUUUAUAAAGGGUGUUUUACACCCGUAAAUAGAAACCAUCAAUCGGUAACGAUCAUCAAUGCUCACAUACCUGGUGACUAGUAAAUGAGAUCACAAAACAGUCUUCAUGGUUCCAAAAAUAUAAAGUUACCGCAUUUAAAAAGAUCUUUCAAUGCAAUAAAAUCUAGAAAGACAGUAAAAAUAGUGCAAUAAGGAUUGCCUUAACAGGUUAAGGAUGAACAUUUUGUGCGUGUUGCAUUUUGAAACUUUGGUUUAUUGGGUUUUGAAUUUCGGCAAUGAUUUUGUGCCUGGCUUCUAUUGGAGUAUUUUAGUAAGAGAUCUGAGUAAGAUCGACAUUCCUAGUAUAUACUUAUAAAUAGUACCAAUACUGCACCAACUGUUUAUGUAUUGGUGUGAUAGUGUGAUCUGCUUGCUGAUUUAUUUUUUAUGUAGACAUUUUUUUUUUACUUGGGUAUAAUGAUGUAUUAGUGAUAUUGUUUUAUUGAUAUAAGCCCCUUUAUUUGUAAAUUUUAAACGAUUUUAAUUUUUACUUGAAAACUUUUGAUACCUUGUUUGCAGCUGAGUAAUGAUUAUUUAGUAUGUACUCAUUGUUUUUCCAUGUGGUGAUGCUGUCGAUUUCACAGAACGCAUUUUGAUUUUUGUCUUGUCUGUUGUGUUGUUGUGAAGAUCUUCAGUGGAGUCAAAGGCAUAAGCAAAGAUCCGACUUUCUGGAUCACCACACUGAGGAUUUCUGAAUCAACGCAUUUUUUUUGUGGUUUAUCAAACGCAUCACAAAUAAGACGGGAUAAACACAAACAAUAAUUGCACUAUUGUCCAUUGUCUGUCCAUCUGUCUGUAAAUUUUUUUUUACAUUUUUGACUUCUUCUCCAGAAGCACUGGGCCAAUUUCAAACACACUUGGUAAAAAGUACCCUUGGAUGAAGGGCUUUCAAGUUUGUUCAAGUGAAGGAGCAUUCCCCCUUCAAAGUUUAGAUAAACACAAAAAUGCAAAAUAGGGUGGGGUCAUUUAAAAAUCUUCUCCUCAAGAACCACUGGGCCAGAAAAGCUGAGAUUUGCAUAACAACUUCCUGACAUAGUGCAGAUUCAAGUUUGUUAAAAUCAUGACCCCCAAGGGUAGGAUGGGGCCACAAUAGAGGAUCAAAGUUUUACAUACAAAUAUAUAGGGAAAAUCAUUAAAAAUAUUCUUCUGAAGAAUCAGAGCUAGAAAAGUUUACAUUUACAUGGAAUCUUCCUGACAUUAGUGCAGAUUCACGUGUGUUAAAAUCAUAGCCCCCAGGGGUAGGAUGGGGCCACAAUAGGGGAGCAAAGUUUUAGAUACUGAUACAUAGGGAAUUAUUUUUUUAAAUUCUUCUAAGAACUAUUGGGCCAAAGAAGUUAACAUUUAUGUGAAAGCUUCCUGACAUAGUGCAAAUUCAAGUUUGUAAAAAUCAUGGCCCCCGGGGGUAGAUUGGGGCCACAAUAGGGAUCAAAAGGUUUAUUUGUGAAUAUAUAGGGAAAAUCUUUAAAUAUGGGCCAAAAUGACUGAGGUGAGCGAUGUGGCCCAUGGGCAUCUUGUUUAUUUUUAGAUUAGUGUAAAGUACACCUUUGCAACCUACUACUGUUUCAUAAAUAGAUCUGAAUUUAUGUUGGCAAUUGUACAUGAUUAUAUUUGCAUUGUAGUACAUUGUAUUGCUGAAGAACAUAAACCUCAUGAUAUCAUACACAACUAUACUUUAUUUCAAGUGAACUGCUAUAUUUUAUUUCUGGCCCGAAAUUCAUGAAAUUUUUACCAUCCAUCAUCAAAUGUAGAUUUAUUACCCUGUUUACUAUCAAACUAAAGUCAUUGAAAUCAAUCAAAUAGUUAGAAAUGAAAGUCAACUGUAAAACAACAUAGGCACAUGGUAUUACGAAAAAAUGACAUGCAUUGAAUCUACCUCUUCUGAAUGUCUUUAUAUUGUAUAUACGUAGGUAUGUGAUUAUCCAGUUUGUUUUUGUGAUGUCUCUUUGAAUCAUUGAUAUUUUUGAAAAAAAUGAUUAGUUAAUCAGUUAACCCUUGAUAACUUGCUUAAAUUGUCAACUUCAAUUUUAUCUGUUAAUGCUUAUAUUGUGAUUCAUAACAGUAGGAAAAAGCUUUAAACUUUGAAAUCAUGAGUAGGUGUGUAUUUCAUGGUAUGACGUGACAUAUAAUCUUGCAUGCAUUUCUAGUCAUUGAUAUACCACUUUUGUAUUUAGAAUAAUUAGUAUGUGUAGUAAUUAGUAUGUGUAGUAAUUAGUAUGUGUAGUAUCUUUUUAAAAAAAAUCCUCAGUUUGU